CCUUCCUCCAGUUCCUCUGCCCUGCAAAGGGGGAGUCCUUGCAGUGAGUGGUGAGCUUUCUGCUCCUUGGAGACCCUUGCAGUGAGGAAGACUCCCGAUCCACGCCCAGGGGUGACAGGCUGAGGAGGAUGACUCGGGAGGAAGCUGGGAGGCUGCCCCAAGUACUGGCCCGUGUCGGGGCCUCCCACGGCAUCACCGACCUGGCCUGCAAGCUCCGCUUCUAUGACGACUGGGCUCCAGAGUACGAUAAGGAUGUGGCUGCAUUGAAGUACCGAGCUCCCUGCCUUGCUGUGGAUUGUCUCAGUCGAGCCCUUCCGGGCCCGCCCCAAGAUGCUCUGAUCCUGGAUGUGGCCUGUGGCACUGGCCUGGUGGCCGUGGAGCUGCAGGCUCGGGGCUUCCUCCAGGUACAAGGGGUGGAUGGAAGCCCAGAAAUGCUGAAGCAGGCUCAGGCACGUGGCCUGUACCACCACCUCAGCCUCUGCACACUGGGCCAGGAGCCGCUGCCCAGCUCUGAAGGGACCUUUGACGCAGUGAUCAUGGUAGGUGCCCUCAGCGAGGGACAGGUGCCCUGCAGUGCCGUUCCUGAGCUCUUAAGAGUCACCAAGCCGGGUGGACUCAUAUGUCUGACUACCAGGAGCAACCCAUCCAAUCUUCCCUACAAGGAGGCACUGGAAGCAGUCUUAGACUCCCUGGAGCAGGCUGGAGCGUGGGAACGCCUGGUGGCCCAAUCUGUGGAGCACUGGGAACUGGCCACCUCCGAACAGGAGACGGGGCUGGACACCUGUGCCAAUGACGGCUUCAUCUCCGGUAUCAUCUACCUUUACCGAAAGCAGGGGAGAACCCAGGGUAAUGGAGGGAGGCCCAGCGUUGUGGCUCCCGUUGACCACUGAUCCUCUGUGUGAGGCCUUAGCCUGGCCUGUCUUCCUGCCCUCUGUCUGUAAAAAUGGGUUCAUCUUGUUGGGAGAUCUUGCUGGUCAAAGGCUGCAGUCUGCCAAUGGGCCCAGCACCUUUCUCCAAGCUUGGCCACAUGAAGGACUCCCUG